AUGGACCAAGCAAACCAAUGGCCCCAAUGGGUGUGUCCUUUGGAUCCAGAAAGUGGAGUAUAUCCUGUAUGGAAUGAUCUAACGAACGAAUGCAUACGAGAUACAUAUACGCUUGCAACUCCAGUAUUCCUUGCGAUUUGUAUAUUAUUAUAUCACUCGGUCUCCACCCUGAGGACAAACUCUUUUUCUCGGAUCCAACUUCAAUCUUCACGUACCACACUUUGUUCCAUAUUCAAACCUUUCUUAACACUCGAAGAGGCUGAGGCUAUAGAGUAUGAAACUAAAGGAGAUAGUGACGUAGGAGUGGUACCCACCAAGCGCUCUGGAUCCCCCAUAUGGAAGACAAUUACACUUGUUCUUGUCGCACUGCUCGAGACUGUCGCUUGGACUAUCCACGGAUGCUACCUCUUAUUCUUGACCUCCAACACUCGGGGCAAUAUUUGGUCCUCCUUGUUGGCCCUUGCCACCGCCGCCUCAUGGGUCUACGCAGCCAUCCGGCCUGUCACCCGAAAACGCGUGGCGACGCCAAUAUAUGAUCUACUUAUCUUUUACGUCGUACGAUUUGCCGUAGCUAUCGUUUCUGCAGGCUCUCUUCUAUUCUCCUCUUAUGUUUACCGGGACUACAUUCCACGGCCACAGAUCGUUGGCCUUGCUGCCGAUUUUACCGCCAUUUUGGUUGGCCUCAGUGUUCUCCUUAGCUUCCCGAUGGGUAUCCCCAGUGUUCAUGUCGACGCGGGAGAAAUAGGAUCGUCUAUCAGCCCAGAAGAUUUUACCACCGUCUGGGGAUGGUUCACGUUUACUUGGGUCGGCCCAUUACUCAAACGCGGGUCGGCAAAGACAUUAGACGAAUCUGACGUCUGGAAGCUAUCUUCGACGCUCCGCUCUAAACCUCUCUUCACCGCGUUUUCGUCCAUCAAAUCAUCCAAGCUCCCUCCUUCGUCCUGGGGCUCAACAUGGACAUUGGCCAAACACCUCUUGCGUGCCAACUCGCGCGACCUCGCACUGGAAGCCAUCCUCACAUUUUUCAGCGUAUUCUUCGACUACCUUGGCCCCUUCUUCCUCAAGCGCAUUCUCGAUGCCGUGGAGUCACAUGAGCCUGAAAUGCGGGCUAGGGCAUAUGUGCUGGCGGGGUUGGCUUUUGUCAGCCGCCUUUUGAAGGCCCAGGCGGAUGCGCAGCACAUGUGGCAUGGACGCCGAGCCUCUACUCGAACUCGCUCGGAGAUUAUGGCAGCGGUAUAUGACAAGGCACUCAAGCGCAAGGACGCAGCUGAUAUGUCCGAAAAGGCGGGUAUUGGCAAGAUAGUUCAGGUUAUGUCCGCCGACGCAAGUCGAGUCGGAAAAACAGUGAGCGGCGCGUAUUAUAUCUAUGCCGCACCAUUCGAGCUUAUAUUUGCGUGUAUUCUCUUGUACCAAGUUCUCGGCUGGUCCGCGUUUGCGGGGUGUUUUGUACUUGUACUUGCCAUGCCUCUGAAUCAUUAUUUAUCAAAGCGCAGUGUUGCACUCACACGCGGGUUAAGCCAUGCAAGGGAUAAACGAAUGAACGCUUUGAAUGAAUUGAUUCUGGGCGUUAAGUUUAUCAAAUUCUUUGCUUGGGAAUCGCAAUGGAUUAAGAGAAUUACGAAAAGACGACAGAAGGAGCUAACCUGGCUCAAACAUGAGCGAAUCAAUCAAAUGAUGUUUAAUUUCGUGUGGCAAUUAGCGCCUACUAUGGUAGCGGUGGUGUCGUUCACGUCAUACAUCGCCCUUGGGAACGAACUCACCGUAUCAGUGGCGUUUACUUCUAUCGCGUUGUUCAACAUGCUCAAGAACCCGCUGAAUAUUAUCCCUCAAUGGAUUGUGACAACCAUGCAAGCUGGCGUUUCCCUUGCGCGUAUCGCUGCCUUCUUGAGCGAAGAUGAAGUGCCGGACAUAGUGUCAUCUCUCAAAGGGUCACCGCGGUUGUCCGCGUCCCAAGGUGACCAGAUGCGUAUCGUUGAUGGAUCAUUCAUGUGGAAUUCUUCGAUAAUUCAAUCGGCUGAGGGGCAAGAGCAAUCGAGACGGACGCUUUCGUUUGAAGGUGACAUCAGUGACGAUGAAUCAGAAAUGUUUUUCGAGCUUCUUGAUAUUGACUUGGCUAUUCCUGAAAACAAACUCACCCUCAUCACUGGUCCAACAGCGUCUGGUAAAACGGCCUUGCUUAUGGCCUUGCUAGGAGAAAUGACUCAAACCAGCGGAGAGUUGUAUUUACCUAAAAGCGAAGGUAUCAGUUUUGCGGCUCAAACAAGCUGGUUGGAGCACAAGAGCAUCAAGGAUAACAUCCUAUUUGGAACUCCGUACGAUGAAGAGCGGUACAACCUCGUCCUCGAGUGCUGUGCUCUAAAACCCGAUUUGGAGAUUUUCGAAGAUGGAGAUUUGACCGAAAUUGGCGCUCGGGGUGUUAGUCUAUCUGGUGGUCAGAAGGCUCGAGUUGCAUUGGCACGAGCCGUCUAUGCACAUACCAAACGUGUCCUGUUAGAUGAUCCUUUGGCUGCUGAGAACCGUACCGUGAUUUUGGUAACACAUCAUGUUGAGCUAAUGCUGCCAUGUGCGCACUAUGUUGUUCGCAUGUACGAUGGCCGAAUCGACAUGCAGGGUGUCGUCUCUGAGCUACAAGAACAAGGCCACUUGGAUUAUGUUGCGCUCGAUGCUGAUGCCUCAACCAGCUCAGAACCUGACAUAAUUGACUCGGGAAAGAAUAUGAUUGAUUCGGCUGCUGAAGCCCUGAAUUCACCAACCUAUAGGCGAACCUCUUCUCCUAUCCAGGAAAUACCGAAGGCCACAGAAACCAUAACAUCAGCACGGGAAUCCCGUUUUGCGGCAAAGGCCGCGCGACAACGCACGGUGUUUACCGCGCGGGUAGAACCGCCCCCUAGUAAAGGACCAAGGAAAUUAGUCCAAGACGAAUCGCGGGCAGAGGGCAACGUCAAAUGGCGAAUCUAUAAGACCUACCUAAAGGCAUCAGGUUAUUUUUCUUGGGUCGUCCUACUAUUUUUGAUUGUAGGAUACCAAACAUUCGGUGUGGUGGAGAGGCUAUGGUUAAAAACAUGGGGUGAAGCAUAUGGGGUCCAUAAUUCGACCCGGAAUCACCACAAACAUACACUUAGUGCCGCGCACUAUCUCAGCCACCCCAAUGAAUUCGAGGAGAUACAACACGUCUUUGGUUCCCAAAUCCAUCCAUCCAUUUAUUAUGGUAAUUUGUCCCGUGCAGACAUCAGUAGCCUGCAUGCGGAGUCUAUGUCGGAGUGGCAUUUGCCUUCCGCCAACUCGGAUCCGUAUUUUUAUGUUGGUAUAUAUGCUGGGAUCGUGUUUGCUGCUGCGGUUAUGGCAACGGUUAACUCUACUGUUCAAUUUACAGCAUCGCUCCGCGCUUCGAGGCACUUGUUUAAUGAACUAUUAAGAACUAUUGUAUACGCCCCAAUUCGUUAUUUCGAUGUUACUCCAGCUGGGCGAAUUCUCAAUAGGUUCGGUAGAGAUGUUCAAACUGUCGAUUCAUCCCUCUCCAGCUCGCUCCGUAACUGCUCGCACUGGCUUGCAACGUUCUUCGCCGGUUUGUUCACCGUAUCCGUAAUUCUUCCUCCUUUCCUUCUACCCGCAGCGAUCAUUGCAUGGUUGUAUUAUCUCAUCGCGUUGAGUUAUGUCCGCACCGCUCGAGACUUGAAACGUAUGGAGUCGAAUAGUCGGAGCCCGAUUUUUUCAAGUUUUGCCGAGGUUUUGGAAGGUAUCGUCACCGUGCGAGCCUUCUCAGCUGAACAGAGGUUCUUUGAUAAGCUACAUAAGCAAGUAGACGAUACGAAUACGAUGUGGUAUCAUUUCUGGAUGCUGAACAGAUGGCUCCUCCUUCAUUUCGACGCCCUCGCCUCCUUGAGUGUGUUCAUUACCACUAUCUUCGCAAUUUCGGGGCUUUUAGGAAAUGGGUUGGCUGCAGUGACGAUUACCACCGCCAUGUCGUUUACGCAGAGCGUGUACUGGUGUUGCCGAACUGCCACCAGUCUUGAGAUGGACCUGAAUUCCGUCGAACGAGUAGUCGAGUAUCUUGAUCUCCCUCAGGAACCUAACGGAAAGGACUGCCCGAAGCCUCCAGCUCAUUGGCCAUCUAACACGUCGAGCGAUGCGCUCAUCGCAGUUGAAAACCUAGUGAUGAGAUAUUCUCCAGAAUUGGACCCGGUGUUGCAUGGUGUAUCGUUCAAGCUCCGUCCGCGGGAAAAAGUGGGAUUGCUUGGGCGCACGGGUAGUGGCAAGUCGACGCUGGCGAUGAGUUUCUUGCGGUUCGUUGAGCCAAGUGAGGGAAGCAUCCGGAUCGACGGCUUGGACAUUACGAAAAUAUCACUACAAGACCUGAGAUCCAAAAUCACCAUUAUUCCACAAGAUCCUGUGCUCUUUUCUGGAACAGUGCGAGAGAACCUCGACCCAUUCAGGCAACACACCGACGCAGAGUGCCUGGAUGUGCUUCAUCGUGUUCAACUCACAGCACCUGUUAUCUCGGCACGAACAACACCCGGAUCGACACGUCCGCCAUCCCCGACUUCGUACCCCUAUGAUGAUGAAGGGUUGCUCGACUCGAGAUUAACCGUGUCGCUUCACACUCGUGUUAGCGCCGGUGGGGCGAACUUUAGCCAGGGCCAACGUCAGUUGUUCUCCCUUGCCCGAGCGCUACUUCGGAGAAAUUCGAUUGUAAUCAUGGAUGAGUCGACAUCAAGUUUGGACUAUGCGACCGACCAGAAGAUCCAAGAUACGAUUCGAGAAGAGUUCCAGGAUGCAUUGACAAUUACGGUGGCACACAGAAUACGAACCAUCAUUGAUAACGACCGACUGAUGGUGCUGGACAAGGGACACAUUAUCGAGUUUGAUACACCGUGGAAUCUAAUUGAGCGUGAGGGCGGGUUGUUUAGGGAAAUGUGUCUCCAGAGCGGAACAUUUGCGGAGCUCAGGGCUGCUGCUGCGGUCAAGGCGGGGGUUACCUUAGAAUAG